AUGCAAGAGGAUACUGAAUAUGAGGCAGAUGUCAUCGAUCUGCUUGAUCUUGUUGAUCCCGAGGUGAGGACUCUUGGUACCCUCACGAACCUCCAAAACUCCCUCUUCGUGCCGGAUCUUGGUGGGCUUGUCAAUCGCAGACCAACCUACACUUUAUCAAGGAGGCCGACCUCUGAGCACAUCGAAGCAAUUGCACGCUCUCGAGCAGGUACUCGCGCGUCAAGAUUAGGCCAGCCUGGACCGUCAAUACCACGCAAGCCUAUGUCAAUUUCCUCCGAGCUGAGCGAUUCUCACUAUGCUGUUCUUCCGCAUGGUGUCAGUCUUGAAGGCUGGGCCGAGGAACAUGUGGCGGAACUUAACGAUCAUGUCCGUCAUCUCUUGCACUCCAAACGUGAAGGCUUCAAACGUUCAAUGAGAGGCUUCCGGAAAUAUAUCAGCAAGCCUUUGGGCCUCUUCGUUUUUGUAUACGCUACACUGGUCACACUUUUUGGUGCCGCAUGGGUAUUCGCUCUUAUUGGAUGGAUCUACGUUGGAGACCGCCAGGAGUACAUUAUAAACGUUAUCGAUCUCAUUCUCGUCGCAUUGUUUGCUCUUAUGGGCGACGGACUGGCACCAUUCCGCGCAGUCGACACAUACCAUAUGUGCUUCAUAGCACACUAUCAUCAUCUGACUUGGCGGUUGCGAAAGGAGCAAGAAUUGCCUGCACUUGUCGACCACAACGACCUACCGGACAGAAGAAGAAGCGCCACUGAGCAGCAAAUUGAUGACAUUGUCGACAAGGAAGAAAUGGCCGAAUACUCUGUCUUGAGUCCAAGACAGCAGAAGCGGCUGCAGUACCACCAAGCGAAGUUCAACAAAAGUCACACCUUCUACAAGCCUCACGAAACCGCUACUCACCAUGCUUUCCCACUACGGCUCAUGAUUGCGGCUGUCGUGCUGCUGGAUUGUCACAGUCUCUUCCAAGUUGCGCUCGGAACAUGCACGUGGUCGAUAGACUACCAUGUUCGGCCCGAAGCACUCACGGCCACGAUUCUCUCCUGUUCCAUUGCCUGCAACAUUGCAGCCGGAGUUAUCAUCAGCGUCGGCGAUCACAAAACACGAAAGAAGGAUGUGCUCGAGCGCAUGUUCCGUCAAGGCUUGACCGAGGAAGCACUCAAAAAGAUGGCCAAGAAGCAUGAACGCGGCGACAUGCGAAUAAGUGUGGAUCCUUCGAAAGUGGAAAGUGAAGACAUUCGGGCCGCUCAUUCAGUUGCUGCAGGUGCUUCGAAAUGAUCGAUCCAAACCCUUGGGUGCGAAGAAGGAGGAUGACUUCCAUACCCCCCCUGGAAUUCCUGUAAAGGUCGAUGAUGUUUCGUUGUGCAUAGCAAUAGCAUAGUUACGUCUUUUUUUAAUGCAUGGCGAAGCAUGGGAGAUGAAAACACAGUGUCAAGUGGCGAGAUGGCGACCUCAGACCGCGUUCGCAGCAUUUUCAGACGAGCCCAGGCCGUUCUCAAUCACCGCGAGCGUCGCAUCUACGUGGCAUCAGAGCCCUGGCUGAAGAUCUCCAGCUUCGUGAGAUGGUUUCUGGGGGAGUAGUUAUCAGCAAAUCUCGGUGAACACCCAAUCAAUUCGCCGAUUGAGGAGAGUGAUCGUGCUCACCGGCAUUUUCAAGGUUGCAUGAGUACUGCCACUCGCUUGGGCGAUGAUUGAGGUGAUUUGAGAAAGAAGAUGCGACUGGUACGAGAGACAGACGACACGAGUACGAUAUUGAGUGGUGCCGCGAUCGUUGAUAGUGGCUCCAGCGUAAGCACCUUUCGACGACGGAUGCCGAUGGGGGAGAGCAAUACUUCACGUUGUUGCUUGGGAAGUUGAAGUUGACGAUACGGCGAAGAGCUGGAAAUUGUACAUAGUAUCUAUUGCCCCAGCACGAGAAAAAAUAUACAGUUCGACUUUGACUCUUUGAAAGAAGUCAUACAAUACAACCUCGCCCUUCGAACGCCCUCGCUACGCUUGCCCGCCAAACUCAAAGUAUCGUAAAGUCGUCUCUGGCGCAGCGCGCAGCCCUGCUGUCGUUAUAUGAUCCCUUCACGCGCCACCAAAAACAAUCAAACGGCCUGUAUUGCUUUCCACGCCAUGGAGUGCCUGUACCAUGUUGCCUGGAAGUCGUCUUCUUCGCAAUAAUGUCUUCUAGAGUGUCUGCUGUAAGCUUCUUGUGUUUUUCUUCUAAUUUAACCUCCUCAAAAUCAUAUCACAGCCCAUUCGACUACCUCGAGCGCCAUCAAAACCAGGAGCAAGGUACUUGGGAAGAUAACCACAACGUAGCUUGCGACUAGUAGGCUCGACAUGGCGCCCAUGAAGAUGUUGUUGAUCUGGCAGAUUUGCGCAAGCUGCAGCGCAGAUGGUGCGCCUGUGAGCAGGAAGCAGACGAUGAUGAAGAUUGGAUCAUCGAGGAUAGAAACCGGAAUGUACUUUGCAACAAGCGCAAGCACUGGCGCCAUUAUGAUCACGGGAAGGACCAUACGGGCGAGGAGUGACGCGUAAAGAAGCUUUCUCUCCUCUUUCUUCUCUUCCCGCGAUGUGGCCAGUUGAUCUUGAGGUAGAGUCGAGCGAGCCAGAUUUGCUCCAAGGACAACCAGAAUCAAUGGCACGGCGACGUUACCAGACUGUUGAAUGGCUCGCGUGACCGAAUUGUUUAUUAAAGUUCCAGGCGUGAAGAAGAUUUCUUGAAGCUUGGGAAUACUCGCUACGAUCAAGGCAGCCAGCAUAGCCCAAAGUGGUGGAUUCAUCUGGCGCCACACGCCACGCAUGAAAGCGCUGAAGCAAGACCAGAACACGGUCAAAACUUUCUGGGCGGGUUGUGGCAGCUUGCGGAACAGGUUCUGAGAGAAAGUGCUGAUGGUGUACCACACUCUCUUAGUCGUGCGGAGAAUCGAGCUCUGAGCUUGAUAGAGCGGCUUCUUCCACGCGGUGGUGUCCGAUCGCGCAGACAGUGUCCGUGAGAAGCUUGGGAAGUGUGUUAUGGAAUCGGAGUCGAUGCUCGAUGCAUCCUCGUCUCGACCUUGAUGUGAGCG